CCGGAGGGGAAAAAGGAGAAAUUUGGUCAUCGGCGGGAUGGCCUCCGGCUCCCAGGACAAGUCGUUGGAGACGGCGCGGCUGCUGCUGGAGGAGACAUCCCCGGCGGGGGCGGAGGCGGAGGCGGAUCUGCCCUCGGGGUUCUACGACGCCUUCGUCCUCAGGGGAAUCCGCGUCGCGCAGGCCCUCCAGCCCGGCACCCUCCUCUGCCACUUCACCGUCCCCUCCAGGCUACUCAACUCGGGCGGCUUCCUGCACGGCGGCGCAACCGCUUCCCUCGUCGAUCUGGUUGCCUCCGCCGCCUUCACCACUGCCGGCCUCCGCACCAGGGGCUCACCACUCGAGAUGAACAUCUCCUACCUGGAUGCUGCUUUUGCCGACGUCAGUUUCCUUUGCUGCCCUCUCUUUACUAUUACUACUGCUGGCUCUCUUCAGAAAAAAAAAGGAGAUGACCACAACACGGGAAGGGAGCCUCUAAUCUUAGGGCUGGUGUAUCAAGAUCACUCCUCCUCCAAUUCACUGUCUGACAUUAGCUAUGCACAUUUCCCUUUUUCCUCUGCCCAAGAAGAGAUUGAUAUCGAGGCGAAGGUUCUGCGCGCUGGCAAGGCAGUAGGGGUGGCCGUUGUGGAGCUGAAGAAGAAAUCUGGCAAAAUCAUUGCUCAAGCUCGUUACUCCAAGUAUCUCGGUGCAGCAUCUAGUAAACUUUGAUCUGACUGGAUCAAGGAGGCCUUGCUAAGCACUGCGUAUGGUAGCUAGUAUGGUGUGGUGUGUGCUUGGACCAUGUCUCUGUGACAGAAAGCAGCUUCGUUUCUUUGUGCAAUGCAUAUGGUAUUGUUGGUUGUAUAUUGUAUAAUACCAUACGAUUACUCACUCUAAUAUGGAAUAUGGAAUAAAAUCUUUCUUGGCUCUUUACUGUA